AUUCGUGAAGUGAACCACGAGGUUUUGUUUUGAAUUAGUGUUUAAAUUAAAAUUACCUAUAUAAAAAUUGAAAUUUAUUUGCUACAAUAGUUAUUUUCUAUCAUCAGUUAGAACAUGCCGUCUGUGAAGAAAACAAAAAUUAAAAAAACUAAAAUGCCACCACAACCUCAAAACAAUUCAGAUUCAGAAGAGGAGAUGAACCCGGAAAGUCAUAAAAAGUCCCUGGAAAAGUUGAAGAAAAUCGACCCAGACUUUUAUAACUUCCUUGAAGAAAAUGACGAGAAUCUUUUAAACUUUGAGGCAGAUUCGGAGGACGAUGUUUCAGAAAAAGGUGACGAUGAUGAUAAGUUGCAUGUACCCGGAGCAAUCACAGGCGACAGUGACGAGAGUGAUUUUGAAGAUGAAACUGCUAAACCUGUACAAGGCAGAGUUACUCUCAAGAUGGUGGCACAGUGGCAAACAGAGUUGCAAAGCGAGGGGAAGAUUAAGCUAGCAACAUUAACCACAGUCAUAAAGGCAUUCAAUGCUGCCAUGUUGAGAGCUACCAGCGAUGAUGGCUCAUCCAAAGGGGAAUUUAAAGUUGAAGGUUCAUCAAUCUUCAACUCGGUAAUACAAAUGUGUGUACUAUACUUGCCCACUGCAAUUAAAAAGUACCUAGGCGUGGAACAGUCUGGAAAGGAUCCAAAGAAAUGCAAACACUAUAUCAAGAUCAAGGGACCUCUGUUAGCAUACUUGAAAGACUUGCUAAAACUACUUGGCAGUGUAACUUCUGAAAACAUUUUAACUGUACUUCUCAAACAUUUGCAUCAAAUGUCUGUAUAUGUUGCUUGUUUUACAAGUAUAUCUAAGCAAGCAUUGAAAAAACUUAUUAGUCUAUGGAGUAAUAGUGAGGAAACUGUACGAGUUCUUGCAUUUUUGUGCAUUUUACGAAUAACAAGGAAUCAACAAACAGCACUAUUAGAUUUGGUGUUGAAAGCAAUGUACUUGACAUAUGUUAAGAAUUGUAAAUUUGUGAGCCCUACCACUUGGCCGGGAAUAAACUUCAUGAGACGGUCAUUAGUUGAGAUGUUUACAUUGGACUUGAAUGUCUCAUAUCAACAUGUAUUUCUGUAUAUAAGGCAAUUAGCUAUACAUUUAAGGAAUGCGAUUGUUGUACAGAAAAUUGAGAACCGACAGGCAGUUUACAACUGGCAAUUUAUAAACUCCCUACAUUUAUGGGCGGAUUUAAUAGCAGCAACAUCAAAUAAGUCUCAAUUGCAGCCAUUGCUUUACCCUCUGGUAAUGGUGAUAACUAAUACAAUAAAGCUGGUACCAACACAUCAGUACUAUCCACUGAGAUUCCAUUGUGUUGAGAUUCUAAUAAAUCUUUCUAAGGACACCAAUACCUUCAUUCCAGUGCUACCGUUUCUUGUAGAGGUUUUAACAUCAUACGACUUCAACAAGAAACACAAGAAAGUCUCAAUGAAGCCAUUAGACUUCUCGUGUGUGCUGCGGCUAGCCAAGUCGCAGCUGAUGGAGAAUGGCUUCAAGGACUCAGUAAUCGAUAGAGUGUACGGUCUACUUCUAGAAUAUACCGCCAACGAGUCACACUCUAUUGCUUUCCCAGAUCUUACCUUAUUGGCUGUUGUUCAGAUGAAACAGUUCCUCAAGUCAUGCUCAGUUUCAAAUUACACCAAGAAAAUGCGGCAAUUGUUAGAAAAGAUAGAGGAAAACUCCAAAUUCAUUGAGAAGGAAAGAGCUAAAAUCAGUUUUGCUCUCAGCGAAGACAAAAUGGUAGCUGCGUGGCAGGCAAGCAUUAGAGCCAAGGGAACGCCCUUAAUUACAUUCUUUGAUAGCUGGAAUAAAAUCAACAAGAUACAAAAACGUAAGAAAAUCACCAAGAAUGACGAAAUAGCGGGAGUAUUACCUCUGAUUAAGAGAGCCAAGAUAGCUGACACAGAAGAAAAGAUACAGAAACCUGAAAACAAAGGUCCUUUAGUCCUGUUCCCAUCGGAUAGCGAGGAUGAAGGGGAUCAUUUCAAAUUGGAGGAAGGCACUGAGGAACCGAAACCGAAAAAGGUGAAAAAGAAGACCAAUAAAAAGAAGGGACAGAAAAAGAUAGCAGCACCUGAAAUGGAGAGUGUACCAGAUAAGGCAGACGUUGUACAGGAUUUUAGUGUCAGUGACUGGUGAACAAUUGAUUUAUUAAUUAUUAUUUAUCUAAUAAAGGAAAUGUAAUUAUGUG